AUGCAGGGUGUGAUUGGCGGUGCUGGCGAAAAGGCGCUCCGUCAGGCAAUCGGCGCAGCUCGGCGCAUCGGCAACCUGAAUGCUCCAACUGAGGAGCGUGACGCUCUGCAUCGAGCCGCGGAUGAGUUGGAGGCCCUCGUCGAUUCGCUCGUGGAGUACAGGCUGCACGGAGAGGUUGGUCUCAAACAAGGGCUCCUUGAAGCCUCUUUUGUGUAUCUUAUUUUUUGGGGUUUCGAUUGUUUAUUUCGCUUUCAGUUCAGGUAA